AUGUCGACAAACGCCGCCAACGCUCUUCUCGCGGAAUCAAGAGCACUCUCAAAGGAUGAUGCCAGCUCACUGAAACUCAGCGAUGGACACACGCAAGCAAUCGGCUUGGAACAGUCCCCGUCAACGUUUUGCUCAGCCCUGCAAUUUCAAAGCGCCAGAUCCCUUCCAACCCGAGGCGAGCCUCGAUGCUCUGUGGAAUUUACAUCCAGCGAUGACCCCUCCCAGGGGAUGAUUAGUCAACUAGUGGCAUGCCCGACAACUCAGGAAGAGGUAAUAGCUGAAGUCGAUCGAACAUAUGACAUGAUAGUGAUUAUGGAGAAGAAGUGUGUCGAAGUGCAUUUACACCAAGCUCAACUCGCAGAGGAAGCCCUACCUGGGGUGCAACCCGAGUUGAAUACAGAGCAAUAUCAGACCUUCCUCGACAUGCAUAAGACUCUGCUUAACGAACAGUACGAGUUUCUCCUUACAUCUCAGCAUCCUUCUGCUACGCCUGAAGUGCGACGCCUGCCACUCGAGCGUAGUAUGCCUACAAGGCUAUAUCGCUACGCUAUUCAUGAUUUUCUGGAGCUCCUCCGCAAUAGACUUCCCGCGUCCCACGACUACUUGCUUACCUUUAUACACUUUGCCUAUCCGAUGAUGACCCUUCUCCUCGAGACUGUCCCAGCGUUUGAGAGUAUGUGGUUUGAAUGCCUUGGCGAUCUAAGCAGGUACAGGUUAGGCAUAGAGCGCCACGACCCUAGUAGCAGCAUCGUUUGGGCCGAGAUCGCACGCCAGUGGUAUCUGAAGUCAGCUAACUAUGCUCCUGCAAUCGGACGCCUAUACUACCACCUCGGAAGUAUGGGCCGGCCAGACCCACUCCUACAACUUUUUUAUGCCGGAAAGACUCUUGCAGUCCCUAAUCCCUUUACGGCAGCACGAAUGUUAAUCACAGGGGUAUUUGAGGCAAAUCUAAACACAGUAGCAAGCAAGAUCUCCCUCUCUGCAGCUAUUGCUGCCAUUGUGCGCGCCCAUGCAAUCAUCUUCACAGGACACUCCCUUAAUACUUUUGACGAGUCUCUUAGGGAGAUAAAGAGCAAUCUCGACAGGCACAUUACACGCAGCACCAAGGAAUAUCUACAACAAGGGUAUUGCAUUGCUAUUAGCAAUUGCAUCGCCCUCCUCGGCUACGGUGCAGAUAACAACCCCCUUGCUGUCCUCCUCAAGCCGCAAUUCUCCAACCAAGACACCAUCAUGGCUCACGCCAACUCCACCACAAAAUCUCCAUCUACAUCUACUCUUCCUCCUACCUUCGCCGCCGCUCUCCGCCUGUUCGCCCAAACCGCCGAAAUCCACCUCCUCCGCAUAGACGACAAAAACACGCUCUCCUUCCUGCACGUCACCCUCGUCUUCAUCCGCCACGUCGCUGGCUACUCUGCCGCUGCUACCUUCCUCUUCCCAUCCUUUCCCUGGCGCCACAUUGUGUACGCCCUUAACGGCACAGCCGUCCGCCAACCCCCUAAGCCCUCCACCAACAAACCCCCCAACCUCGCAAGCGCGAGGGACCAGGCUCGCCCGCUUCAAGAGGAGUGGGCUAUGCGCGGUCUCUCCUUUGCAGAAGGGCAUUUCCCGGAAGAGCUGUUCACGAACAAGAAUGUAGAUCUAGAGACUCACUACCCCGAGGCAGAAAGCAUGCGCUCCCUGGAGCGGCUCGAGCGUGUACACAAGCUCGGCGUGCAGAUUGCGGAGUUAGCGGGGGAGUGGAUGAGUUAUGGAGGCACAGAGGGGAAAUACGCAUUUUGUUGGAGAGAAAGGCAAGAAGUUUGCGGACGACGAGGAGGAGAGAGAGAGCGGAAGCGAAGAAGGAGUCUUCUGGAAUGAUGAGGAG